CUGAAGUGGCAUUGCCGCCAGAGGAGGAGGCGGAGGCACCUCCGGCCGGCCGCGGAACCCCGCUAUCCCGCAGCCAUAGCCCCUCAAAAGGCUUGGGAGGUAGUCAAGGGUCGGGACCUGGACGCGGAGGCCCCGCCGCGACAGCAGCAGCCAUGGAGGACGAGAUGCCCAAGACGCUGUAUGUUGGUAACCUUUCCAGAGAUGUAACAGAAGCUCUAAUUCUCCAGCUUUUUAGCCAAAUUGGGCCUUGUAAAAACUGCAAAAUGAUUAUGGAUACAGCUGGAAAUGAUCCCUAUUGUUUUGUGGAGUUUUAUGAGCAUCGUCAUGCAGCUGCAGCACUAGCUGCUAUGAAUGGGCGGAAGAUAAUGGGUAAGGAAGUCAAAGUGAAUUGGGCAACAACUCCCAGCAGCCAAAAGAAAGAUACAAGCAGUAGUACCGUUGUCAGCACACAGCGUUCACAAGAUCAUUUCCAUGUCUUUGUUGGUGAUCUCAGUCCAGAAAUUACAACUGAAGAUAUAAAAGCUGCUUUUGCACCGUUUGGAAGAAUAUCAGACGCCCGAGUGGUUAAAGAUAUGGCAACAGGAAAGUCUAAGGGAUAUGGCUUUGUCUCCUUUUUCAACAAAUGGGAUGCGGAAAACGCCAUUCAGCAGAUGGGUGGCCAGUGGCUUGGUGGAAGACAAAUCAGAACUAACUGGGCAACCCGAAAGCCUCCCGCUCCCAAGAGUACAUAUGAGUGUAGGUGUAUUGGAGAAGAAAAGGAACGUACCCUAGCUUUUAAAUGUGAGCUGUUCCGGAGACUUAUUGCAGAAAUAGAUGAGAAGCAAAUCAAGACUACUGUGCAAAAAUCAAACACCAAACAGCUGUCCUAUGAUGAAGUGGUCAAUCAGUCUAGUCCGAGCAACUGUACUGUAUAUUGUGGAGGUGUGACGUCUGGGUUAACAGAACAACUAAUGCGUCAGACUUUUUCACCAUUUGGACAAAUAAUGGAAAUUCGAGUCUUUCCUGAUAAAGGAUACUCAUUUAUCCGGUUUAAUUCCCAUGAAAGUGCAGCACAUGCAAUUGUGUCUGUGAAUGGUACUACCAUUGAAGGUCAUGUUGUGAAGUGCUAUUGGGGCAAAGAGACUCUUGAUAUGAUAAAUCCUGUGCAGCAGAAUCAAAUUGGAUAUCCACAAGCGUACGGCCAGUGGGGCCAGUGGUAUGGAAAUGCACAGCAAAUUGGCCAGUAUAUGCCUAAUGGUUGGCAAGUACCUGCAUAUGGAAUGUAUGGGCAGGCAUGGAAUCAACAGGGAUUUAAUCAGACACAGUCUUCCGCACCGUGGAUGGGUCCAAAUUAUGGAGUGCAGCCACCUCAAGGGCAGAACGGCAGCAUGUUGCCUAACCAGCCUGCAGGGUAUCGAGUGGCGGGGUAUGAAACCCAGUGAGCAAGGACUCCAGAAUCGAAAGCUACAUGCAGUGUAGUAAAGCCUUGUUUACUUAAAGAUUUAUCAAAUCAGUCAGUGCAAAUGUCAGAUACAAUGUAUUUAUUUAAAAGAUCCAUUUUUUAAUCAUGAAAUUACUUAUCCACAUUGUUUUAAAAAGAAACAAGAUGCUGGAUGUCUGCCAAUUUUUGCCUUCAUUACCUUUUUUGAUAAAGUUUCUCAGAUCCUUGUUUCAAAAAAAAUGCAGGGAUUGCUGCCACUUUUUAAAAUUAAGAGGCAGAAAAUUGCACAAUGUUGAACUUUUCUCCACUGAAGUAGUGUGCAGUUCUAGUUUGCAUUCCUGAUAGGACGUAAAACAUGUAAGACACAGAUGUACAAAGAAGAAGAACCAAACCCGUGUGCAGCGUUUGGAAGUGGCUUGUUACCCUCCUCUGUGCGCACUUGUGUUUUAGGUUAAAGAAAAAAGGCGUCAUUUGAACUGUCCCAUCUCUACUUUUGAUCCCCUUGGGGUUUUUUUAAUGUAAAUUAUUAGUUUACAUCAUUUUUGUAUCUACAUUUUUUCACAAAUUUGUCUUGCCUUAUAAAUAUUCUGUAAAAUACACUUAAAAGAUGAUGUUCACUUAAAUUGAAAACUUUUCUCAGAUGGAUUGAUAAUUGCAUUCAUUUUGUGUUUUAUAUGAGAAGGUGCCUCAAGAAUUCCCUGUUGGAUUUGUUGAAAGGAUUUUUAUCUUCUGUGAUAAACUUUGCUGUGUACCAGGAAAUCUAAAAACAAAAACUUGUUACUAAAGAAUAUCUCUGAAAUGUGAUAAGUUCUUAUGAACCCAUGUUAAUUUCAUGUGUCAGCGUCUACAUUUAUGUGUACUAUUUCAGUAUGUAAAAUGUUUUAGCAAUUUAAUAUUUUGCACAAUUAGCGAACUUUGUAUGUUGUUUCCUUCUUAAAGGUGUCAUGCAGAGUUGACAUGAGAUUUAUAAGGUUUUAAGUUGUUUGCAUGUGAAUAUCAAAUACACACUUUGGUAGUCUUUGAAUACAAAGUCAUCUGCUCUUGUUUUUCAAGAAUUUUGAGACAUAAAAUUAUAUGUAAAAGAAUAUAUUAAUUUGCCAUUUUCUAGUUAGAUUUACUCAAAAGGAGCAAAUCAACUUAAUUAUAUUAUGUACAAAUGGUAGCUGUGAAACUGUGGACUAUCCGUGUAUCAGACUUAGGGUUCUUUGUGAACUCUUAUUUAAUAUUAGCCUAAAGGACCAGCCGGGCAAAGCAUUUAAAAAUGUUCAGAGGCCAAAAACAAACAAAAACACUUAAAUCCUACCUCCUUAAAGAGCCUUCAAAGAGGAGAGAAUCCUCAGUGCAAUCGUUACUUUAUUGUUUUGGUACCUGUUUUCCCGGAGUUCCCGCUUUUAUCAUUUUGGGGUGGCUCCGAACAUUAAGAGGUUUAAUCUUUGAUGGCGUUGUUCAAGUUUUGACAUUUCUAGUACAUUUCAGUCUUUUUAGAAGAGUUGUGGAAAGUUUUGUUUUGUAUUUUCAGUGAAGGUCACAAACUAGCUUCCAUACUUAGAUGUUUUCUUGUUGUUUAAGACCUUCAAAUAACUCCCAGCAUUUUAUUUAGGAAAAGAAAAAUGCCUGUGGAAUUUUAGGGUUUCCUGCCCUGUAUCUUCCAGGUGGGAGCAAAGGACUCGAAACUGGCCUCUAAGCCAAUACACUUAUUUCUAAGCCAGAGCCCAGGAAGGACAGCUCACAAUGUGUAAUUCUCUGGAGCUCAAUUCUAUGCAGUUGUGCUGAUGUUUCAUUAAGUCACUGUGUAUUUUGUGUUGGUACAUUAAAAGUUGUUUUAUGGAAGUUAAGUAAAUUUUUUUAAUACUUAGAAAUUUUAUUUCCUUAUUAACUUUCACAAAUCAGGGCAUGCAACCAAAAGCAGCUUAAAUAAAAUACUCUUUAAAAAUUAAAUAUCAGGAAGCUAUUUUUAGCUGACUUAUGUUUCAAUUUUAGACUCCUCAUUAUUUUCUGUUACUCAAAAGUAUUUUUAUUUCCUGAGCAUCUUAUAGACUGCAGGGUAAAUUAUUUGGGUAUAAAUAAUUUAAGCAAAAGCAUAAUUUUUCUUUUAUUUUGGCUAUCAAGAAUUAACACUUUUUAUUAGCCAGUAUAUUUUCAUAAUGCACAAAUAUGAAAAUGUACAUUAACUACUUGAGAAGAUUAUAAUGUCAUUACUUAUGAUGGAAAGGUUACUACUGAACAGAUUCUCAUUUCAGGAACAGAGCUAACUUCUAUUUAAACUUUACUCUUAGUGUUGAGACAAUUCAUCUAAAGAUUUUUUCAAAACUCAUACUGGUGUUAGUAUCAGGUAAGGAAAUUAUUUUUUCUAAAAUUGCUUCAUUCUCUGCAAUAUGCUUUCAGAUUUUUCUUUAAGAUACUUCUGGUACUGUAAAGAACCUAAAGUAAUUCACAUUUAAUGGUCAUUAAUCCAGUAUCCUUUAUCCUGACUGUUUGGAUAUUAAAGUUCCUUUAUGUUUUCUAUA